AUGGAAGAUAGCGGGCCAGCCUCCAUCACAUCAGCGGAUGAGUCCCAAUCGGAUCGCCUUACGUUACUUCUGAAUCGACUUCACCAAUAUGAACGAGCACCGUGGGGAAUAGUGGAGUCAUGGCAAAAAUCCCAGCAUGAUGCCGAAGACUCAGCAGCAAGAAUAUUUCUCUGCUCUGGCGGAUUUCCUGCGUGGUUUGCCUAUUUUCUCACCAAAAGCGCCACGGAGGUACAAUACCACUUUGCCGGCAAAGCUGAUUGUACCCGUUUAAUCUUCGAGCUUGAAAAUGAACCCGCUAUAUCCCGAGAGUUAGCGGCACAAGUUGCGGCCGCAAUUCCCCGCGAAAUCAGGACGAAAAUCGAAAGUCUAUAUAACAAAAGGAUCAAACCACUGGAGAAUAGAACUAUGUCACAGCACUCAAACAAAAGACGACGCACAAUAGCAGACAACGACUGUCCUCCCAUUUCCACUGCGAACUUCCCUAGUCCGACCGCUACUUCCAGCAGCCCCAACGCGAGCCGUCUUUCUCAUGAUCGCCGCUCCCUCGAACAAGCGCCAGGAUAUAAUUCUGUUGGUUGUUUUGCCGAAGAUGAACAUGUGCUGGUCAAUGCGUCCCUUGCGGUGGCCACACGACUUCUACCCCGGGACCUCUCGAACGCGAUCAGAAGAAACCCUGACCCGAGAAACGAAGGCGCCUUGGUGGCGGCAAUAUCGAUGACAUUUCCGAACGCACCAUACACGGAUAAGUACGGAUGUUAUAUGGCAGUAGAAGUCACGAGUGACAAGGUUCAGCAUCUUGCCCGGGAAUUAUUUGGAGUACGCCUUGAAACGAUGGCCGGCCUCCGAUAUGUUUGUCUCGCUGAGAGCAGUUCGAAAAUACUGGCCAACCCAAAGUUUACACUCCAAGGGUGCCAGUGCAGCAUCGUUCCUUCCACGUUUGGCCCGGAGUUGUCUAAUGCGAUCAUAACAGGUCCUAAGUAUCAGGAUGACGCUAGACGAUGGCGUGACUCGACAGAUGCUGUCUCGAUGGUGGUCUCACACUCGGCCCAUGAUGGAGCCGUCCUCUACCUGCACCUCGGACUGUGGGAAGGGACCGAGAUCAAGAAGAAGCUGUAUGCUUGA